GGAAUUUUAAAGCAAUGGGACCAAUACAGAUUGUUUGAUUGGAUGCAUUGCUCGUGCAGUGUCUGUGGUAGUACCUUGUACCCUUGAGCAGCAGGGGGCGAUGCGUGGGCCGGUGCGCUGGGUGCUGUGGGACGUGAAGGACACGCUGCUGAAAGUGCGGCGCUCGGUGGGAGAGCAGUACUGCAGUGAGGCCUCACGUCUCGGACUGGAGUUGCCGCCCUCACAGGUGGAGGCCGCUUUCAAACAGGCGUACCGGCGGCAGUCCAAGCUGUACCCCAACUACGGCACUGCACAGGGUCUGGGGGGUCACCGCUGGUGGGUGGCCGUGGUGAAGGAUACCUUCAGCCAGUGUGGUGUGAAAGACGGCGCCACUCUGGAAAAGCUCUCCUACAACCUCUACCACAACUUCAAAAAUGCAGAGAACUGGGAGGUGUUUCCAGACUCAGAGCGAACGCUGCGGAGCUGCACGGACAUGGGCCUGAAGCUGGGCGUGGUGUCCAACUUUGACAACCGCCUGGAGGGCAUCCUGCGCGCCUGCGGCCUGCUCAGCCACUUCAGCUUCCUCGUCACCUCCGAGGGGGCUAAGGUGGCCAAGCCCGACGCCGCCAUCUUCCACCAGGCCCUGCAGCGCUGUGGAGAUCCCGCAUCCAGCGUGGCGCACGUGGGCGACCACUACGUCAACGAUUACCUGACGGCUCGCUCCCUGGGGCUGCUCGGCUUGCUGUUGGACAGGGAGGGCAGCACGCUGCAUCUGGACGACGUUCCAGCCAGACACAGGCUCAGCAGCCUGGACGAACUGCCGGCGCUCCUGCAGAAGCGUGCAGAGGGUGGGUAGAUGUUGGAUGUCAGGAUGUCAGUUCUGCAUUGUGGUAAUUCAACAUGUAAAGAGCAGGAAUAAAUCCUGUAAAUGAGUGUAAUGAGUCUGACUCUCCAUGUGUUGAAUUAACACUAGACAAAUUUAACACUAAGAGACACAAAUGUAAACUUUUCUAUGAAGUGUGUUCUGUGAGCAAUGAGCAAAUGUCAAUUUCUACACAGAAUUUUAAUCAGGUCUAUUUUUUGUGAAGUUGGUCUUGUUUUUUUUU